AUGGGUUCCAAGAGCAUCAAAUUCUUAGCUUUUUUGCUUCUCCUAAACCUUGUAUUUUUCUCCCUUGUCAGUGCAUGUGAUGAAUGCCCAAAGCCAAAGCCAAAGCCAAAGAAGCCUAAAUGUCCUAAACCUUCUCCCAAACCUAAAUCUCCUAAAACUAAAUCCCCAAAGCCAGCUUCUCCUCCUCCUCCUCCUCCACCUGAAUCUCCUAAAGCGACUUGCCCAAUUACCCUAGAUCUAAACCCAUGUCUUGGUUUGCUUAAUCUUGCUGGGAUCAUCAACAUCGGAUUAUUUUCUGAAGCUCAAUGUUGCCCGCUUCUUGAUGAUCUUGCUGACCCUGAUGCUGCUGCUUGCCUUUGCAAUGCCGUCAAGGUCAAAGUUCCCGGCAUUAUCAACUUAACUCUUCCAGUUAACAUUAAUCCGAUCUUCGGGCGGUGUCACAGGACUUGCCCGGAGAAGUUCCAGUAUUGCUCUUAUUAG